AUGCAUCAAGAGGAAGAGCCGCAAAGACUAUUGUUCCAGUGGUUUUUCGAAGCUGCUGUUCAACAGUUCAUUCUGGAAGAGGUGCUGAAGGCAGAGGAGGAGCAGCAAGAAGUAUUGCAAAGCUCGCUGGUGGCGGGUUCUAGCCCGCUUUCGGCAACCCUAGCAACCUCGACCACACCAACAACACCUUUCGUGCACCGAGUUACAACAACAGCACUACCUGCAUUUGAAAACAGGGCCCUUUCAAAGCACUCUCUGAAUCUUCGGCAACUAGGCAAUUAUCUGGUACAACACCCGUCACCGCAACAGGAGCAGGUUCCGUUACCGGGAGUGCCACCGCAUCUGGAACCGCAGAAUCGCAGAUCACAGUUCAGCAAAAUUCGUGAUUUGUGCGAACUGGGCAGCAGCGUGGAACCUGCAAAGAUUGGUCCUCUUAUCGACAGAAGCAAAAACAGGCUUCGCGGCUUACAGGAGGGUGCUGUAAAACAGAAGCAUGCUGCUUCUCUAUCAAUGCGUGCGGCCAGUCAGUCGACGGCGUCUACUGUACUGAAACGACGGCGUCUGAGAAGACAUCCUGUAUGGCGAUUUUUCAGUGAUAUCGGAGACGAAGGCAGUAAGGUGUGUUUUUUCCCGUAG